AUGUGGUUCAAACCAAUAUUCAUAUGUAUUGGUCUAAUUUGGUACGGUCUCUUUGGAUCUGCAUCUCCUCCACCGGAGAAAGAUUAUAAAUCCCUAUUCCACACCAAUAUUUUUGAAGCGUUUACAGCGUUACCAGAAUAUCCCAAAAAUGUAACACGUAGUUAUACAUUUGAACUGUUAAAGGUUUACUUGGCUCCUGAUGGUUUCACUCGCCCGGUAUGGUCGGUGAAUGGACAAUACCCCGGUCCUAUGAUCCGUGCAAACACGGGCGAUAAAUUUAAUAUUACAGUGAUAAAUCGUUUGGGUGAUCCCUCUGCUAUUCACUGGCACGGGAUUGACCAAAAAGGCACAAAUUGGUUUGAUGGUGUUCCUGGGACUACUCAAUGCCCGAUUCCAAACGGGAUUAACUUUUCGUAUGUAUUUGAACCCAAACAAUCCGGAACCUACUGGUAUCAUUCUCAUCUCCUUGCUCAGCUUGUUGACGGCCUAAGGGGUCCCUUGGUAAUACACGAUCCUGAUGAUCCAAAUAAACACGAAUAUGACUACGAAUACGUGAUGACAGUGGCCGAUUGGUAUCAUACUCCUACUGGCGAUCCUAGAAUGCUACCUUUACUUCGUAGUGCAAAUUAUACAGGGUUUGACCCUAUCCCUGAUUCCGCAGAUAUCAGUGGUGUAGGACAGUACAACUGCACGAUACCGACGUGUACACCUUCUAAAUUUGCUACCUAUAAAGUGAAAAAAGGAAAAAAAUAUCGAUUCCGAAUAAUCAAUAUGAGCGCCAUGUCUCAUUUUUGGGUUUCUAUUGAUAAGCACCCACUCACUAUUAUCGAAACCGAUGGAACACCAGUUCGUCCAGCCACAGUUGAUGCUCUUCGAAUAAACAUUGCUCAGCGAUAUUCGGUGGUUGUUCAUGCAAAUCAGCCAGUCGAUAGCUAUUACAUAAAAGCGCGAAUUUCAGAAUGCAGUCUCCCCGUCAACAAUAAUACGUUCAAUUUUGAUUCUCCGUUAUUCAAAAACGAUCAAGUUACUGGUAUACUUCGCUAUGAAGGUGCGCCCGAUAAGCUUCCCACUUACAAUGGACCUUCCAUCAACGCAUCAGAUUGCUAUGACAUGGAUGCCAGCCUCUUGAAACCCUAUCCGUUGAACCCGCCUGUACCACGAGAUGAGAAUCUCACAACCUUAGAAUUUGAAAUUAACGUCAUAUUAAGAAAUACCUAUGUACAGGCCGUAAUAAAUAAUUCAACGUUUUUCCCAGACUUCACUUAUCCUACUAAUAAAAGAAUUAUUGAUGGCGAUAAUUUUUCGGCUUCCGAUAACGUCUAUUAUUAUCACGGAUUAAACUCUCCUAUUCAGAUUGUUUUAAACAAUACAGAAAACCGAACUCAUCCUUUCCAUUUGCACGGACACUCGUUCUGGAUUAUUGCCCAAGGCGAAAUAGGCAGUAAUCUCCAGCCCAUUAGUUCCUUAAAGUUUAACUUUGACGAUCCACCAUUCCGCGACAUAAUAACACUUAAAGAACUUAGUUUAAGUGUAAUCAGGUACUACGCGGACAAUCCUGGUGUCUGGAUGCUCCAUUGCCACAUUGAAUGGCACAUCGAAUUGGGAAUGGUAGUUCAAUUGAUCGAAUUGCCUGAGAUAUUCUCGAAAUACGUUAUUCCUAAUGAUGUUCAUAGGCUUUGUACAAGUAUAUCAUAG